GCCGCUGAGGCGCGCGGGGCACGGCGGCGAGCGGACGGCGCGCGCUGGUUACUCUGGUUACUGCGGAGGCCCAGCGCCGAGGGAAGACGCUGCCGCCGCCGCCAGCGGGAGAUGUUGGUGAGGAGGCUGUCCGGGGCUGCUGCUGCCACUACCGCCGCCGCCGCCGCCCUCUGAGAGAAGGUGUCUGGGGACCGCCAUUCACCUGGAAGGUUCGGGGGCCGGGGAAUCGGGAGCCGGGGAAUCGGGAGCCGCUGUUGUGGAGAAGAGCUCGAGAGUGUGACCGGGCUUGCCUGUCCUGAAGCCGAAACCUUGAAACCGAGGCCGUCUUUUGUUUGCGAAGGAAGCCCAGGGAACUUUCCCCUUGAGGGUGGGCUGUGCAGUUUCACGGUCCCGGGCGUUAUCCCUCGUCCGCGGUGGCUAACAGCGCUCGCGCCUUCCGGACGCUGCCUGGGGUCGUCGCUGGCGGCUGAGGCGAGGCCGCCUUUUAUAUUUCGCAUCGCCGAGCCAUUUCUUCGAACCCCCCCCCCCCCCGCCUUUUCCUUCUGAAAGGGAACCUGCUGCUAGUGAUAGAGAAGACAAAAUUUACAACUUGACGAGCGAACCUCAGAUCCAUCACCAGCAAGCACCCCAAGGAAACCCAUCCACAGAGGGAAGAAGAAUGGAUUGCCUGAGAGAGGAGAGUGUCUAGUCGGGAGGUGUUGGAGCAGGCGCUUUUAAAAUAGCAGGUUCUGUGAGCUGUACCAACCACCCCUGUUCCCCCUUUUGCAGGAUACUUUUAUACUAACUUUUUAUGGUUUUUAAAAAAAUUGUUCUGAUUUGAAUUGUAAUCUUGUGACAGUAGUGUUUACAGGACUUUGUCCAGAUCUCCAUCCUCCUUUUGGGAACACCUUUUGCGGGAGAACCCAUUGUGCUCAAAACCCUACGAGGGGGGUGAAAAAAAAAGCUCAGCGUUGACCAGUGCCCCCAACGAAGACUUCGAGCCAUGUGGACUUUCCUUGGCAUUGCCACUUUUACCUAUUUUUAUAAGAAGUGCGGGGACUUCAUCACUUUGGCCAACAAGGAGCUCCUGCUGUGCGUGCUGGUGUUCCUGUCGCUGGGCCUGGUGCUCUCCUACCGCUGUCGCUACCGACACGGGGGCCCCCUGGGGCGGGGGCACAGCGAGUCCCAGUUCGCGGUGUUCUCGGAUAUUCUGUCGGCUCUGCCUUUCAUUGGCUUCUUCUGGGCCAAGUCACCACCUGGAUCAGAAAAUAAAGAGCAGCUCGCGUCCAGGAGGUGCAAAAAAGGAACUGAUAUUUCAGAAACAACCUUAUCAGGAGCAGCUGCCACUGCAUCAAUAUCUUCUCAAAAUGAUCCUGAAGUUAUCAUUGUGGGAUCUGGCGUACUUGGCUCUGCUUUGGCUGCAGUGCUUUCCAGAGAUGGAAGAAAGGUGACAGUAAUUGAGAGAGAUUUAAAUGAGCCUGACAGGAUAGUUGGAGAAUUUCUGCAGCCAGGUGGCUAUCAUGUCCUUCAAGACCUCGGUCUUGAAGAUACAGUGGAAGGCUUUGAUGCCCAGGUUGUAAAUGGCUACAUAAUUCACGAUCAAGAAAACAAACCGGAGGUUCAAAUUCCUUACCCUCUGACAGAAAACAAUCAAGUGCAGAGUGGAAGAGCUUUCCAUCAUGGAAGAUUCAUCAUGAGUCUCCGGAAAGCAGCUAUGGCAGAGCCCAAUACAAAGUUUAUUGAAGGUGUUGUUCUACAGUUACUAGAGGAAGAUGAUGCUGUAUUGGGAGUUCAGUAUAAGGAAAAAGAAACUGGAGACAUCAAGGAACUUCAUGCUCCAUUGACUGUUGUUGCAGAUGGGCUUUUCUCCAAGUUCAGGAAGAACCUGGUCUCCAAUAAAGUUUCUGUUUCAUCUCAUUUUGUUGGCUUUCUUAUGAAGAAUGCACCACAGUUUAAAGCAAAUCAUGCUGAACUUAUUUUAGCUAAUCCGAGUCCAGUCCUCAUCUACCAGAUUUCAUCCAAUGAAACUCGAGUUCUUGUUGACAUUCGAGGAGAAAUGCCAAGGAAUUUAAGAGAAUACAUGACUGAAAAAAUUUACCCACAAUUGCCUGAUCACCUGAAAGAACCAUUCUUAGAUGCCAUUCAGAAUUCGCGAAUGAGGUCCAUGCCAGCAAGCUUCCUUCCUCCUUCACCAGUAAACAAACAAGGUGUUCUUCUUUUGGGAGAUGCAUAUAAUAUGAGGCAUCCUCUUACUGGUGGAGGGAUGACUGUUGUUUUUAACGAUAUAAAACUGUGGAGAAAACUGCUAAAGGGCAUCCCUGACCUUUAUGAUGAUGCAGCUGUUUUUCAGGCCAAAAAGUCAUUCUAUUGGACAAGAAAAAAGUCUCAUUCCUUUGUUGUGAAUGUUCUUGCUCAGGCUCUUUAUGAAUUAUUUUCUGCCACAGAUGAUUCCCUGUAUCAACUAAGAAAAGCCUGUUUUCUUUAUUUCAAACUUGGUGGAGAAUGUGUUACUGGUCCAGUUGGGCUCCUUUCUGUAUUGUCUCCUAACCCUCUAAUUUUAAUUGGACACUUCUUUGCUGUCGCACUCUAUGCCACAUAUUUUUGCUUUAAAUCAGAACCUUGGAUUACAAAACCUCGAGCCUUUUUUAGUAGUGGUGCUAUUUUGUACAAAGCGUGUUCUGUAAUAAUUCCUCUUAUUUACUCAGAAAUGAAGUACUUGGCUCAUUAAGUUUAAAGGAAAACCAUUUGUGAAUGAAUAUUUGGAACUCACCAAGUCUUAAGAGACUUUUGGGAAGACGGUGUAUAUAGCAUAUACUAUACUGCUUCUUAAGUGUGAACUCUUGGAUCAAGAUUAGGAUUGUUUUUGAAGUAUUUGUAUAUAAACAUGUAAAUAUGUGCUUUAAUUUGCAAUUUUAAAUGAAGGGUAAAAUAAGUUAGGUAUUUAAAAGAAAUGACUGUUAACAUAAAUUAGUGCUAAUACUGAGAAAUCACAUGUUUUCUUUUGAAUUCAGUAUUUGGGAUGAAUCAUUUUGGGACAUGAAAAUAAAAUGAAGAAUGAACUCA